AACGCUGCCAUGUCGCUGGUGGGAAGUCAAGGCAUUCUCUCGGCCACCGAGAUCCUCAUCGCAGCUGCCGUCUUCUGCCUGGUCUUCCUGCUCAUCCAGUCCUUCAAGCAACACGUGCCCAAGGGGCUGAAGAGCCCCCCGGGACCCAGAGGCCUCCCCAUCCUCGGCAGCGUACUGCAGCUGAGGAAGGACCCGCACUUGGUGCUGGCCAAGCUGAGUCAGCAGUACGGAGACGUGAUGGAGAUCAGCAUCGGCACACGGCGCGUGCUGGUGCUGAGCGGGCUUGACACCAUCAAGCAAGCACUGGUGAAGCAAGGAGAGGACUUCAUGGGGCGCCCCGACCUCCACAGCUUCCAAUACAUUUCAAAUGGCCAGAGCCUGGCCUUCAGCCAUGACUCAGGGGAUGUGUGGAAAGCCCGCAGAAAGCUGGCCCAGAACGCCCUGAAGACCUUCUCCCUCACCCCCACCUCAACCUCCUCCUCCAUCUGCCUCCUGGAGGAGCACGUCUCCAAGGAGGCCGACUACCUGGUCACCAAGUUCCUGCAGGUGAUGGAAGAGCAGAAAAGCUUUGACCCUUACCGGUACCUGGUGGUCUCUGUGGCUAAUGUCAUCUGCGCCAUAUGCUUUGGCCAACGGUACGACCACAAUGACCAAGAGCUGCUCAGCAUAGUAAACCUCAAUAACGAAUUUGGAGAGGUGGCUGCUGCCGGCAACCCUGCUGACUUCAUCCCUGUGCUGCAGUAUCUUCCCAGCCGUGCCAUGGACUCAUUUAAGGACAUCAACAGGCGAUUCGGCUCCUUUGUGCAAAAAAUUAUCGAGGAGCAUUACAGCAGCUUCAAUAGGGAGCAUAUCCGGGACAUCACGGACUCGCUCAUUGAGAACUGCCAGGAGAGCCAGGCGAGGGACACCAGCAGCGUCUCACUGUCCAGCGGGCAGAUCAUGAAUACUGUCAGUGACCUCUUUGGGGCAGGCUUCGACACCAUUACAUCUGCUCUCUCCUGGAGCCUCCUGUAUCUUGCCUUGUACCCGGACAUCCAAAAGAGGAUCCAGGAAGAGCUAGACCGCGCCAUUGGCCAGGAGAGGAGACCGAGACUCUCCGAUCGAAGCUCACUGCCCCAUAUGGAAGCCUUCAUCCUGGAGAUGUUCCGGCACUCCUCCUUCCUGCCCUUCACCAUCCCGCACAGUACAACGAAAGACACCGUGCUGAACGGCUACCACAUUCCCAAGGACCGCUGCGUGUUUAUCAGCCAGUGGCAGGCGAAUCACGAUGAGAAGCUCUGGAAGGAUCCAUCCACCUUCAACCCAGAGCGCUUCCUCGGCACUGAUGGCAAAGUGGACAGGAUGGAGGGCGACAAGGUGCUGAUAUUUGGCCUGGGGAAGCGGCGCUGCCUUGGCGAGACCAUCGGCCGCUGGGAGGUCUUCCUCUUCCUGAGCACCCUGCUGCAGCGGCUCACGUUCAGCCUGUGUGGCCCCGUGGACGCCACACCACAUUAUGGCUUCACCAUGAAGUACAAGAGCUAUGACAGCUUCCAGGUCCAGAGGCGCUUCCCGAGCGGAGCGCCAUGA